CGAAGUAUCAAUAAAAUUUGAACACCAAAUCACCAUAUUAGAAUAAUUCAUAUUCAUGUGACAAUGAAGAUUUCAUUUACUAUUUCAGCUAAACUUUCACAUAAAAAAAGCUGUCAGUUGCUUUAUAUUUCGGACAGAUGCUUUAUUCCAUUCUGACUGUCCAAAAUAAACGACAAAUCCGAUCAGACCCAGUCAAAAGCCUGGCUAUGUGAGACUAGGUGUUGGUAAAAUUUGCCUUGGUCAAGUGGAUGUAAAGUGUGUGUUAUCAGAAUGCUCAGGAGAGAACAGUCUUUGUGAGAUGACACAAAUCAGAUAACAUCUCCACCAUGGCAUGAUAUGCGUGAGAACAAUACACGUCAGAAUAAACGUCAGAGCCCCUGACCCCUCGCCACUUCCCAGCCCUGCUCACAAAAGAUAAAGAGAAUAGAACAGCAAAACAGAAUGGAGAGGGCUGAUGGGGCACGUGUGGCGGCCCUGGACUCGACUCUGCCAAGGGAGCCUGAUAUACCAGCCUGGGCUCCUCUCCUCUAUCAGCUGCAGCUCCUAGACUUCAGAGAAAAGCCGGAGCCCCUUUCGCUGGCCAUCCCCGACCGGAUCCGCAUCGGCAACCAGAAACGAGAGCGAGGCAACUUCUACUUCCAGAGGGAAGAAUACAGCAUGGCAGCCCAGGCUUACUGCAUGGCUUUAGACAUGCUUACGACACGCACAUACGAAAGUCAAAGCUGUGCGGCAGAGGAGGAAGAAGAGGAGGUGAACGACUACAGAGUAAAGUGUCUGAAUAACCUGGCAGCGGCGCAGCUGAAGCUCGGACAGUUUGACGAGGCGCUGCACACCAGUCGAGAUGUACUGUUUCUGGAUCCCCAGAACGUCAAAGCGUUAUUCAGGAAAGGGAAGCUUUUAUCGGACAGGGGUGAGUAUGAGGAGGCCAUGGAGACCCUGAAAAAGGCUUUGAAACUGGAGCCGUCCACUAAGGCUAUUCAUGCUGAACUGUCCAAGUUGGUAAAAAGACAGGCGGGGGAAAACGAGACCCAGAGUUGGCAAGCUAAACCAGCUCAAAUGUUUGGCGAAAACAUAGCACCCUUUCUGACGCCUCCCCCCAAAAAGAAGCCGUUUGGAAUUUCUUGGAAGUUUCUGCUCGGAGCUCUGGUGGUGGCCUUGGGCAGUUUGGUCACAUCUGUGGUCCUGACCGCACGGAACUAGCUCCCCCUUCGAUUAACUACAAGUCUCACAAACAAACGUCCCACAGAGCUGCUAAGGGACGGAGGGAAACGUGCGCCGAACUGUUUAAAGAGCAGCUGCACGGGCGGUCCUACCGGCGGCACACCGACAAAACAGAAUGUACGCCAAGAAGAAAAAAUACUUGAAAUAAAAACUCGAAUAUUAAUAA